AUGGGCCCGGAACCUCACUGGGAAAGGGGCGAAAACGUGGUCCAAACGUCAACAGGAACUAUUGAUGGUAGGGUCCCCAUUUAUGAACUGCUUCGUCAAACAUUAAAGGUUGCUGUACCGUCGGACGUCAUCAGUGUUCUGUGGAUUGCAUCACAGGUAGUUAUAUAUAUAUAUAUGUAUAUAUUUCUUGUGGAACCCUUUCUCGGCGAGGAAGGGUUGCCUCAGUACAAUACUGGGAUUCCCAUAUUUAACGUUACGACCAUGUCCAUGCCCAUUGUCAGUGGCUUGAGCUCCGCCAUAUAUACGAUAACUUCUCAGGCUUUUGGACACAAUUUACGAUCUACAGUGACUGUGGAAACACUGCGGCUUGAACUUGUCGUAAAUUUUUGCGUGCAGAUUAUUAUGAGCGUUGCUUUUCUUAAUAGCGAGCCCGUUAUGGACUAUGCCUUUCGAAACGCUGUUGGCAAAGAUGCCGCAAGGUUUCUUGGGGCCAGCCCACUGUACUUGCACAGAUCGUUACUAGAAUUAUAA